AUGGGGAUCGAAAUAGACGACAGAAGCUUCGAGCCCACGUACAGGGUUGUGAACGGCAAGGGCAAAAUCAUUUCGGACCUGGCCAAGGAGGCCAAGCAGGCAAACACCGUCUAUCUGGCCACCGACCCGGACAGAGAGGGUGAGGCGAUCUCGUGGCACCUGAUGGAGGCGGCCAAGAUUCCGCCGAACAAGGGCCAAGCGGGUCGUAUUCCACGAGAUAACGCGGGACGCUAUCGCCGAGGCGUUCGACAACCCGCGUGA